AUGGCACAACCUCAAAUUCAAGUCCACUCAUCAGCCACACAUUAUGAAACUGGUCCCUAUCAAGCACCACCACCACAACACCUUCGGAAAGAAAUUUACAAAGGUGGUGCCAAUUAUUCUGACCGUCACGGUCAUCGUUACGCUGAUGAUGUUGAUGAUUUCUCUUUUAACCUCUUUGAGAAAAGUCCUUCUGCCUCUCAAAUUCUCGCCACACUUGGAGGGAUUUUCGUAGGUGGGACGCUGCUUUUGUUAGCCAGCGUCUCAUUUUUUGUCAGUUUGGUUGGACUGGCGAUAGUGACACCGCUUUUCAUCCUUUUUAGUCCAAUUCUAGUCCCCGCUGUCUUCACUAUAGGACUAGCGGUGGCUGCGGUAUUGACCGCCGAUGCUUGUGGUCUGACGGGGCUUAUAUCAUUGUCAUGGGUGGCGAGGUACAUUAGGGUUGUACAAGAGACGGUGCCGGAGCAAGUGGACUCCGUGAAGGGACGUUUGGCUGACGUGGCGGGGUAUGUUGGACAAAAAACUAAGGAUGUUGGACAGAAGACUAAGGAGGUUGGACAAGACAUACAAAAUAAGGCACAUGAAGCUAAGAGAUCAGCAGAAAAUCAUAAUUAG